UCCGCCAACUUUUUGACUUUUGUAUUUGUAAAUGCCAAAAUUUAGUUCUUCAGGCAGUGUUUGGUAAAAAAACAAAAAACAAAGUAUAGUAGAAAAUGAAUAUGAAAAGUGUUAAGUGGGUAUCUGUUGUGAUGUUUUUAUCGUCGGUAGCAGCAGCAGAUGAGAUGUUGUACAUACCAGGAGGAAAGAUGGUGAUGGGAACCAAUGCAGCUGACGGCAGAGAUGGAGAGUCUCCAACCAAAGAAGUGACACUGUCACCGUUUAAAAUCGACAGAUAUCCCGUCACAAAUGCUGAUUUCAGAGACUUUGUGAGAGCGCAGAAGUACAAAACUGAAGCUGAGACUUUUGGAUGGAGUUUUGUGUUUCAAGACUUUGUGUCAGAAGAGUUGAAAAGCAAAGUCACACAGAGGAUAGAGUCUGCUCCUUGGUGGUUGCCAAUAGAACGAGUAUUUUGGAGACAGCCUGCAGGUCCUGGUUCAGGUAUUCGGGAGCGCCUGAACUUCCCAGUGGUUCAGGUGAGCUGGAACGAUGCCCAGGCCUUUUGCCGGUGGAAGGGGAAGAGACUGCCUACUGAGGAAGAGUGGGAGUGGGCUGCACGUGGGGGACUGCAAGGUCGGACUUUUCCUUGGGGGAACAAGUUCCAGGUCAACAGGUCCAACCUGUGGCAGGGCUCGUUUCCAGUUGGAGACACUGCAGAAGACGGGUACCAUGGCAUCUCCCCCAUCACAGCUUUUCCUCCUCAGAACAGUUAUGGUCUGUACGACAUGUUGGGAAACACGUGGGAGUGGACGUCCACCUACUUCCCUGGAGCACGCACCAUGUACGUACUGCGUGGUGCCUCAUGGAUCGACACAGUGGAUGGCUCAGCCAAUCACAAGGCACGACUCACAACCAGGAUGGGCAACACUCCUGACUCAGCCUCGGAUAAUCUGGGAUUCAGAUGUGCUAACAGUGAUGGACAAAAAACAGAACUGUAGCGAUGAACAGGCAGUGUGUGAAUGGAGGUGAUGUUGUUUUAACCACAUUGAUUCAGAAGAUGUGUGC